GAGGGAGCGGCGGCCGCUGCGGGCCGGGCCGGGCCGGGGCUGAGGCCGAGCGAGCCGCGGGGCCGGCGCAGCCCCGGCCGGCGCCCACCAUGCGGCGGCUGCGGCGCCUGGCGCACCUGGUGCUCUUCUGCCCCUUCUCCAAGGGCCUGCAGGGCCGGCUCCCGGGCCUGAGGGUCAGGUGCGUCUUCCUGGCCUGGCUGGGCGUGUUUGCGGGCAGCUGGUUGGUGUACACGCGCUACUCGUCGUACUCGGAGCUCUGUCGCGGCCACGUCUGCCAGGCGGUCAUUUGUGACCAGUACCACAAGGGCAUCAUCUCGGGCUCCAUCUGCCAGGACCUGUGUGAGCUGCAUCUGGUGGAGUGGAGGACCUGCCUCUCGGUGACCCCCGGACAACAGGUAUACAGCGGGCUCUGGCGAGACAAGGAUGUGACCAUCAAGUGUGGCAUCGAGGAGGCGCUGGACUCCAAGGCCCAGACGGAUGCGGCCCCCCGGCGGGAGCUGGUGUUGUUCGACAAGCCCACCCGGGGCACCUCCAUCAAGGAGUUUCGGGAGAUGACACUCAGCUUCCUCAAGGCGAACCUGGGCGACCUGCCUUCCCUGCCGGCGCUGGUGGGCCAGGUCCUGCUCAUGGCCGACUUCAACAAGGACAACCGGGUGUCACUGGCGGAAGCCAAGUCCGUGUGGGCCCUGCUGCAGCGUAAUGAGUUCCUGCUGCUGCUGUCCCUGCAGGAGAAGGAGCACGCCUCCCGACUGCUGGGCUACUGCGGGGACCUCUACCUCACCGAGGGCGUGCCCCACGGUGCCUGGCACGCGGCCGCCCUGCCCCCCCUGCUGCGCCCGCUGCUGCCGCCGGCACUGCAGGGUGCCCUCCAGCAGUGGCUGGGGCCCGCAUGGCCGUGGCGGGCCAAGAUCGCCAUCGGCCUGCUGGAGUUUGUGGAGGAGCUCUUCCACGGCGCCUACGGGACCUUCUACAUGUGCGAGACCACGCUGGCCAACGUGGGCUACACAGCCACCUACGACUUCAAGAUGGCUGACCUGCAGCAGGUGGCCCCUGAGGCCGCCGUGCGCCGCUUCCUGCAGGGCCGCCGCUGCGAGCACAGCGCCGACUGCACCUACGGGCGCGACUGCAGGGCCCCAUGCGACAGGCUCAUGCGGCAGUGCAAGGGCGACCUCAUCCAGCCCAACCUGGCCAAGGUGUGCGCGCUGCUGCGGGGCUACCUGCUGCCCGGCGCGCCCGCCGACCUCCGUGAGGAGCUGGGCACACAGCUGCGCACCUGCACCACGCUGAGUGGGCUGGCCAGUCAGGUGGAGGCCCAUCACUCACUGGUGCUCAGCCACCUCAAGACCCUGCUCUGGAAGAAGAUCUCCAACACCAAGUACUCCUGAUGUGGCAGCAGGGGGCCCUGGCCAACCUUCCUGGAGCCGGCCUGGUGCCUGGUGCCGGGGUCCAGCCCCGCCUCUAGGAAUUAGUCGGAAAUGUUAAAUGCUGUUGCAGAAUCACUCCCCUGAGGUCAGGGCCCUGGACUCCACACCACAGACAUGAGGACAUCCUAGCUCAGAGCAGAGGCAGGAGACCCUGGAAGAGGUUUGUUACUCUGAAGAACAUGAUGUAAAUAAACAGCUUUUAUGUAAUGGCCA